CCUGGACGACACCGUUUAGGUGGUGUACAACAUAUAUGCCGUCUCGUAAUUUGCUCCUUCGGAAUCAAAAUCCUAACUCUGGCGGCGGUAGUUUGGGUGGAACUGACUGCUCUUCUUAUCUUCGCCGGCGCAUUUCUUCUCUUCCCGCCAUGAACUUGCUGGGUAAGAUAACGAUGCAGAAGAAAGAGGCAGAUGAACCACCGCCGCCGCCGCCUGAAAGAGGCCCAGUAUUCUGGUUCGAAACCUCUGAUUCCGUGUCUCGCCGCUACCAGUUCCAACCCCAUGGUCAACUCUCUGUGAAGGUGGUUGAUGAUUCAAGGUCAGUAUUCCAUAGGGUGGGGGAAUCCUUCCUGAAUAAAUUUUUUCCUUCAGGCUAUCCAUAUAGUGUGAAUGAGGGGUAUCUUAGAUACACACAAUUUCGGGCACUACAACACUUAUCCAGUGCAGCAUUAUCUGUGCUAUCAACUCAGUCACUGCUAUUUGCUGCGGGCUUGAGGCCUACCCCUGCACAGGCGACUGCAGUAAGUUGGAUUUUAAGGGAUGGUAUGCAGCAUGUAGGAAAGCUCAUAUGCAGCAAUUUGGGUGCAAGGAUGGAUUCAGAGCCCAAGCGUUGGAGAAUUCUGGCUGAUGUGCUCUAUGACUUGGGCACUGGAUUGGAAGUUCUUUCCCCCUUAUGUCCGCAUUUAUUUCUUGAAGUGGCAGGGCUUGGAAAUUUUGCAAAGGGAAUGGCAGUUGUUGCAGCAAGAGCAACAAGGUUGCCAAUAUAUUCCUCGUUUGCCAAAGAAGGCAAUCUGAGUGAUCUGUUUGCAAAAGGGGAGGCCAUUUCAACUGUUUUUAAUGUCAUUGGAAUUGGAGCAGGGAUUCUGUUAGCAUCUACUAUUUGUUCAUCAAUUGAAGGAAAGUUGGUUGUUGGACCUCUUCUUUCUGUCAUACACGUCUAUAGUGUUGCUGAAGAAAUGCGAGCUGCCCCUGUCAACACACUGAAUCCACAGAGAGCUGCAAUGAUUGUGGCCGAUUUUAUCAAGACAGGAAAAAUAGCAAGCCCUGCUGAUCUGAGAUAUGGAGAAGAUCUCCUAUUUCCUGGGCGACUCAUAGAGGAUGCAGGGAAUGUUAAAGUGGGAAGGGCCCUACACAGGGUGGUUAAGCCUUCAAAACUUCAUGAACUUAAGGAAAUGUUCCCUGAUGAGAAAUUUAUUUUAAAUCGUGGAAAGAGAUGGACCGAUAUGGUGUUGGGGCAUGAUGCUACAGGUGAAGAUGCAUUGCGGGGGUGGCUAGUUGCUGCAUAUGCUGCAAACAUGGAGAAGUCUGUUAACGAAUCAAGUGCUAAUGUAUUAGAACAGGCUUAUGAGAGGAUGAACGGUGAGUUCUCUCCAUUUCUGUCUGAACUGCAGUCGAAAGGGUGGCAUACUGAUCGUUUUCUUGAUGGAACUGGAAGCCGCUUUGCGUGGUGAUAUCACACGGUUUCAGGUUUUUCCCGCUUCUCUUUGGGAUAAUAGAAAUUCUGUAAUUGAUAAUGUUUUAGGAUCAUUUUGCAUUUGUGAUUUUAGUACUAUUAUAGUGUUUAUUUAGGAAGGGUUUUGAGAGUGGAAGAUGAGAGUAUUGUUGGAAUGAAAAGGUGUAGAUGUGUGCACUGAGAAGGAUCGUGCAGUGAGGGAAAUUGGUGUGUGAAAAUAGAAGCCCCCUUUAUUUUCCAUAUUGAUAUUACUGAGGUAAAGCUUGAAUGUUGAAACCCUGCAUUAUUUGCAGUUAUCCAUUUUGUUUUCGAUAUUGAUAUAACAAUGAAUCAAAUGGUUGAACUACAAAUA